AUGGAUAACUUUGAAAAGAUCGAUGGUAAUCUGUAUUUUUCCAAUGAACAACUUCCACCUUCUGAUAUAUAUGAUUAUAAUACUGUGAUUUAUGAUGAUAACGGGUGUGAAGUUUUCUAUCCUUUGUAUCUACCAGAAUACAAUAGUGAUAUGUUAUACGAAAUGCCUUAUUACGAAAUCCCAUGCCAGGAGAAACAGGGUGAAAAGGAAAAGGUUAUGAUUGAUACACGUGAAGAGAAAUUGGAGAAGGAAAAUGAAAA